GGUUUUAAUGUUUGUUGUUAUGUGUUGUUGGUCUGAGGACACAAUACAGAGGAAGCUUGAUUAUGAAGUCAGGAAGACAAAGAGGGAGCAGACAAAUACAGCCACAGGCUGCUUGUCACACAGACAGGUUUACAGUCUACUCAUGGGAUCAGCAGGCAGCCCAUGUAGAUAGACUGGGGGUGGGGCCCUACCAGCAACACAUGCCAUGCCGUGAUGUAACAGCAUCAUGGCAAUAUUUAAAGAGGCAGCUCUCUUCACCACACCACUGCAUCCUGUCCAUUCAUCUGCUCAAACUCAGCAACUCAUUUGGGUGCUCUAACCUUUUACCAGGCAAUUCCACAAAUCAAAUCACAGAUUUGGAGUAUGAUUUUAAGGCUCAUUACUUUUGAAAAGUCUUCUAUGGAAAAACAAGGAAACCAAUUCAUAGCUGGGACCAAGUUCAGCCAGAGGGACACCUUUAGAGAAUCCUGAUCUCUAGUUUCUGUCUGAAAACACAUGCAAAAAGAUUACGGAGGAGCUCCAAUCCACAUUAAUCAGCCACACUUCAAUCCUUACAUUGAUCAAAAUAAUCCUGGAAAAUGGCUGGAUUUGGACCUGCAUAUGUGGCCCCAUCAGCAGCUGUCAAAUUUGUAGGCGCAGGAACUUCAGCCUGUAUUGCUGACCUGCUUACCUUUCCCCUGGACACAGCCAAAGUGCGACUGCAGAUCCAAGGGGAGGCCAGAGCCUCAGCAGCUGCAGGGAAAGGGUCUGCAGUGAAGUAUAGUGGAGUGUUUGGCACCAUCACCACCAUGGUGCGUACAGAGGGGCCCAAGAGUCUUUACAGUGGACUGGUGGCAGGGCUCCAGAGGCAGAUGAGCUUUGCCUCUGUCCGCAUUGGUCUCUACGACUCUGUAAAACAGUUCUACGCUAAAGGCUCCGAUCAUGUAGGCAUCGGCACUCGGCUGCUUGCGGGAUGUACCACAGGUGCCAUGGCGGUUGCUUUUGCUCAGCCCACAGAUGUGGUUAAAGUCCGCUUCCAGGCACAGGCCAGGUCCUCUGGGCACGCCAGACGCUACUGUAGCACCAUUCAUGCUUACAAGACCAUUGCUAAGGAGGAAGGCAUUCGUGGUCUAUGGAAAGGUACAGCUCCAAACAUUGCACGUAAUGCAAUUGUCAAUUGCACAGAACUGGUGACGUAUGACCUCAUCAAGGAUACGCUUCUUCAGUCCACUCCCCUGACAGACAAUCUGCCCUGCCACUUUGUGUCAGCCUUUGGUGCGGGGUUAUGCACAACAGUCAUUGCCUCUCCAGUUGAUGUGGUGAAGACAAGAUAUAUGAACUCUGCUUUUGGCCAGUACAGCAGUGUCCUCAACUGUGCCUCUGCAAUGAUGACCAAAGAAGGACUGCUUGCCUUUUAUAAAGGGUUCAUCCCAUCUUUCUUACGCCUGGGCUCCUGGAACGUGGUGAUGUUUGUAACAUAUGAGCAGCUGAAACGGGCCAUGAUGGCAGCGAAUCACAACUGCACAACUAUACUGUAAUCAUUAUUGGCUGGCAGAGGGCUG